UUCAAGCUUGUUAGCAGAAGAUUAUGUUGAAAAUCAUUCGUUUGAAAGCUUAUCUACUUCGUUUCACCAUUAUUUUCAAAAAGUGGAUUAUUUUAAAAUAGGAUCCAUGCUGGUUCUAUUAUUGCAGCAACAUGAUUUAAUUCCCCUGUCUACUCAACGCUUAGUAUGUAUUUACCUAUUAUAUGAAAUGUAUAAAAAUGAUCCAUUGGAUAUAAAUCCAUUUACAACUGUUUUUUAUUUAUUAUUGACUUCGUCUGAAGAUAUUAAAAAUAAAAGUCAACGCAUGGAUUUUAAUGGAACUCUAGCAGCUAUUAAUGCUUCUGAAAAAUACUUUUUAGCAGCACUUUUAUCCAACAAUGCAAAUGAGCUUUUAAAAAAGACACCAAAUCAAAUAAUAUCCAACAAUGCACCUGUACUUCAAUUACCUGAUUUGACAAAUCUUCUUGAUACUCUCUCUUACAAGCACAAUCAACUUCCUAUAACUGCUAAAGCAGGAUUAUCUUGUUUAAUUGCUGAUCCCGAUUUUAGAUCAAGCAUAUGUUUAGACUCAGCUCUCAUGUCCUCUCCUUCAGGCCCUUCUUCUAUGCUUUUAUCGAAUGCUGCCUCAAAUAAUUCUAAUAUACCCAACAAUCAAUCCUCAAAUUUGUCACCUCUUCUUUCGCCUUUACUUAUGCCCGUGGCUUCCCUUCCUUCACCUCUGACCUUCAAUUCCUCAUCUAAUUGCCACAGUUGCGUAAAUUGCGGGGCUAAUCGUUCAAAUAUUGUUUCCGGAAUCUCUGAUGGCACGAUGAUGACUUGUCAAAAUUGCGGCAGUAGCUUAAUGAAUAAUAACGGUCUAUCCGCCAUGAGUAACGAUUGCCCGCCUCAAACCAACGUUUGCACAACGAGCAAUUUAACGUCGAGUCACAAGAUGAUUAAAAACACCAUAGAAAAGUUAUUGGCUGGUCCUUUAACCCUCACCGACCAUUGUCUCGUUCCCGAGUUUCUCAGAUUAGCGCCUCCCCUUCACUCUCAACAAACUUUUCUCCUUUACUUAGAGAAUAACGACAAUGCAAUAAUCACCACCGAUCUUACAACCAACGAUAAAAGUCAUGUAAAAAAGUCAUCGAACAUCGAUCAGGACGACAAAGAAAAUGCAACAUUUUCCAUUGAUAAAGAAAUUCUAGGAGAAAGUUUAGAGCCCUUGUUAUCUAUAGGAGCCAGCGAAUUGGUUUGGCUCGUUCCUUCCCCCAUACUCAACCCUCUUCACUCCUCCUUUCCAUAUUAUAGCCACGAAUCAAUUUCUUUCCCUUCUCCCGCUCCCUUUUCGGCCCUUUCUCAUACUUCUGUCAAUAACUCCACGGUAGACGAUUAUUACUUCAACGUGGACGUUGAUGUAUCAGGAGAUACUCUAUUAGAAUUGUCCCGUCACGCAGCAUCUAACGUUAAUAACGAAUUUUACGGGCAAAAAAUGAGCAGUUCCGAUAGCAAUAAUAAUGUCGCUAGUUUAAACAAUACAUCUCAACCUUGUAGAUUUCCUAGCUUUUUUAAAAUAGAGUGGGAUCGUUCUAUGCUUAUGGGCGAUAGCUACGAGCAAGGAAUCACGGAUAACAUAUCGACGACUCUUACAUCUACAUCAGGGUUAUUAGUAAAAAAGCAACCCACAAAAAUCAAUUAUGAAGAGGGGUCAACUUUUUCGGAUGUUCAAAAUGUGGGAUCGAUUGGUACAACUAACAUUGAUUCUUGUUUAACUGAGGCUAAAAGCGUGGUUGGAAAGGCAUCAAAAUCACCACUUUCGCCGCCUCAACAGCAAAGGUUGUUGGCGCAAUUCGAAGCUGACCCCAAAAUAGUAUUUCAAUUGGGAAUAAGCCCAUCCAAGUUACCAGAUUUAGUUGAAAACAAUCCAUUAAUUGCUAUCGAAAUUUUGCUAAAGAUGGCAGCAUCUAACCAAAUUACCGAAUACCUCUCAGUAUUAGUCAAUAUGGAAAUGUCCCUUCACUCAAUGGAGGUUGUCAAUAGAUUAACUACGGCUAUAGAAUUUCCUGUGGAUUUUAUACAUCUUUAUAUAUCCAAUUGCAUAUCCACUUGUGAAAAUAUCAAAGAUAAAUACAUGCAAAAUAGAUUGGUGCGCCUGGUUUGUGUAUUUUUGCAGUCCUUAAUCCGAAAUAAAAUCAUUAAUGUUCAAGAUUUAUUUAUCGAGGUCCAAGCAUUUUGCAUAGAAUUUAGUAGAAUACGAGAAGCGGCAGGUUUAUUCCGACUUUUACGGAAUUUAGAAAAUAACGUCCAAGGAAUGGGUGGAGGAAAUAAUAGCGAAAAACAACAAAAUGAUAUAUUAAAUGAUACAAAUCAAUUUUCACUUUGAUAUUUUUUUAUGAAAUUAUAACAGCACAUUUAUAAUGUGAUGUAUAGGUUUUUUUCGAGCUUAUUUAUAUUUUUUA